CGAGUCGCAUAACCUGCUUCUUCUUCUUCCUCUGUCACCAAAAAUGAGCGACGACGAAAGGAAAAAGCAAAUAGCGGAGCUAGCCAAAACGCUCAAAGAAGGCGAAAGGCUCCUGGGCCCCACAAAACGGCCCGACGGAACCCUCCGAAAGCCCAUUCGCAUCCGCGCCGGCUACACCCCGCAAGACGAAGUCCCCAUUUACCAGCCCAAGCCCGCUCUCCUGAAAAAGGAGAUGGGCUCCGCCGGACCUCCCGGGUACGACCCCGACGCCGAUGCGCGGCCCAAGACCAAGUCCGUCAAGAGGAACGAAAGAAAGAAGGAGAAGCGGCUCCAGGCUGCGGUUGAAAAGGAUAAGAAUGAAGAAGGUGGUGCGAGUGAAGAUGGUGGAAAGAAGGAAUCUGUGGAGGCAUUGAGCUCCCUUGUCAAUGAUUUGUCUGUGGAAGAUUCCACGCAACAAGUUCAAGAUGUAGACAAGAGAAUUCGAGCGCUCAAAAAGAAGAUUCGACUUACAGAAGCAUUGGAGCAGAGAAGUGCAGAUCAAGAUCUAAAACCAGAGCAAUUGGAAAAGCUGGCAAAACUAGAAGAUUGGCGCAGGGAGUUAAAGCAAUUGGAGGAUCAGAAGACUGAAACAACCGUGUCAUGAACAAAAUUGGCUGAAUUAGCGUGACAAAAAUGUGUAGUUUUCAUUGAUGUUUUGUUGAAUAGCAUGACAAAAAUUGUGUAGUAUCAGCCAUGUUUUCUUGGACAUAUAUGGACAGUUUCUUGGGAACAAUUCAUCAGAUUUUUCUUUUAA